AUAGUGAUCUGAUAUUUAAAGAUCAAUGGUAAAAUCAUGCCUUGGAAACAAAAAGAGGGAAGGAACACCAAAGUCAAAAGUUGGACAAGAUAUUCUAUGUAUACCCAACCGUAGAUUAGCUGACCCCACAAAAACAUAUGAAUACAUAUACCCCCAACUACGGUGUAUUCCUCAGACUCUCACCGGUAUUCCAACGCCAGACUUACAAAGUCAAAGUCGUCUCGUCCAACACACACUCUAUACCUGUGUUCUUCCUCACCUUUAUGUCAUGUCUUUGUGGUUUGCAGUGAUAAAGUAUAAUGAGAUGACGCCCCCACCACUGCUCCUCCAUCUCUUCCUCCUUAUCUCCGUCGUCUCCGCCGCAGACAUCCCUCUUGGCUCCACCCUCUACGCCUCCGACCCCAACUCCAAAUGGGCCUCGCCUAAUGACACCUUCGCCUUUGCCUUCACUGCAGACCCUACUUCAUCCGCCCGGACCCUCGUCGCCGCCAUUACAUACAACAAUAUAUCCAUCUGGCAAGCCGGCGCCUCCACCAACUCCUCCGCGGUACUCCGCCUCCUUCCUUCUGGGGACCUCCAGCUCCUCCCCUCUUCUUCCUCCACCACUCCCCUCUGGUCUUCCGCCACCGCCAACAUCGGCGUUUCCGCCGCCUCACUUGAAGAAUCCGGCAAUUUUAUACUCAAGAAUGCCUCCGGUGCCACACUGUGGUCAACCUUUGACCACCCAACUGAUACCGUCGUUCCCACACAGAAUUUGAAUGUCAGCCAUACUCUUUCAUCUGGGCUAUACUCAUUCAAGAUUCAGAACAAUGGGAACUUGACACUUUUGUGGAACAACACCAUAAUCUACUACAACUCGGGGCUGAACUCUACUAUGAAUUCUAACUUAACAAAUCCAACUCUUGACCUUCAAGCCACUGGGAUUCUUACUCUUUCCGAUCCCACGCUUGCGACCCCUCUGGACUUGGCUUACAGCAGUGAUUUUGCAGCGGAAGGGGAUAUUUUGAGGUUCAUGAAAUUAGACACCGACGGGAAUUUGAGAAUUUAUAGUUCCGCUAAAGGUAGUGGAACUACAAAUAUAAGGUGGGCUGCAGUGAGUGAUCAGUGUCAGGUUUAUGGAUUCUGCGGGAACAUGGGAAUAUGUAGUUACAAUGAGACUUAUCCAGUCUGUGGAUGUCCUUCUGAGAAUUUCGAGUUGAUGGAUCCAAAUGAUAGUAGGAAAGGGUGUAAGAGAAAAGUGGAGCUCCUAGAUUGCCCUGGGAGAGAGGCUAUGUUGCAGUUGGAUCAUGCUAAGUUCUUAACAUACCAACCUGAAUUGGCGUCACAGGUUUACUUCGUGGGGAUUUCACCUUGUAGGCUGAAUUGUCUUGUUGGACCUUGCGUCGCCUCCACUUCUUUGGCGGAUGGAUCAGGGCUAUGUUACUUGAAGACGAGUGACUUUGUUAGCGGCUACCAUUCCCCAGCUAUUCCUAGCACUUCAUUUGUGAAAGUUUGUUCACCUGUGAUGCCUAAUCCCUCAGUGGCUUCAGCUAGUGGAGGGACACGGACUAGAUGGAGACUGACGGCGUGGUUGGUUGUGGUUGUGGUGGUGGUUACGCUUUUGGGGUUGGUCGCUGUGGAAGGUGGUCUGUGGUUGUGGUGCUUCAGGAAUAGCCCCAAAUUCGGGGGAUUAUCAGCUCAAUAUGCACUCCUUGAGUAUGCAUCUGGUGCACCGGUGCAAUUCUCGUACAAGGAGCUUCUUAAGGCGACUAAAGGAUUCAAGGAGAAGCUUGGAGCUGGAGGAUUUGGAGCUGUGUAUCGAGGGGUUCUUGCAAACAGGACUGUGGCUGCAGUGAAACAGUUGGAGGGGAUUGAGCAAGGCGAGAAACAGUUUAGGAUGGAGGUAGCCACUAUCAGCAGCACUCACCAUUUGAAUUUGGUGAGAUUGAUUGGAUUUUGCUCGGAAGGGCGGCAUAGGUUAUUGGUUUAUGAAUUUAUGAAAAAUGGUUCUCUUGAUAACUUCCUCUUUACAUCUGCGGAGCAAUCAGGAAAGCAUUUGAAUUGGGAGCGUCGGUAUCACAUUGCCUUAGGGACGGCAAGAGGGAUCACAUACCUUCACGAGGAAUGCAGGGACUGCAUUGUUCACUGUGAUAUAAAGCCUGAGAACAUUCUUCUGGAUGAGAACUACCAUGCAAAAGUUUCUGAUUUCGGUCUUGCAAAACUUGUUAACCCCAAAGAUCAUCGGUAUAGAACCUUGACAAGUGUGAGGGGAACUAGAGGUUACUUGGCUCCAGAAUGGCUUGCUAAUCUUCCAAUAACGUCCAAAUCCGAUGUGUAUAGUUAUGGAAUGGUGUUGUUGGAGAUUGUGAGUGGAAGGAGGAAUUUUGAAGUCUCAGCAGAAACUAACCACAGAAAGUUCUCUGUUUGGGCUUACGAAGAGUUAGAGAAGGGUAAUUUUGAGGCAAUUGUGGAUAGAAGGCUUUACAACAACGAGAUAAAUAUCGAUCAAGUCCUGAGAGCAAUUCAAGUUAGUUUUUGGUGUAUCCAGGAGCAACCCUCUCAAAGGCCUAUGAUGGGCAAAGUUGUUCAAAUGUUAGAGGGAAUUAUGGAAAUUGAUCGGCCACCAGCCCCUAAGGCUGUCACAGAAGGGUCCGUUGGUGGCACUAGUGUAACGGCAAGUAGCAUCAGUGUUCUCUCUACCUUUGCAGCUUCAAUGCCAGUGCCCUCUUCGUCGUCAUCCCUCCAAACUGCUGGAAUUUCAUCUUCUGCCUCCGGAAAGCAUGGGGAACGAGCAUCGUCUUCAUUAUUACACUCCGAGACAAAGUGAUCUUAUAAUGCCUGCAAGAAUUGGUUAACCAAACAGAAAAUGAAGACGAUGAAACAACUUGUAUCUUGCAUUUAUUGCCCUCAUUAUGAGAUGCAGUAUUGUUUUCGUUCUUGCGUUUUGUGACAACAAAGCUAUUUGUAGUAAUAUUGUAUCAAGAAAAAAUAAGGAAUUAUAAUUAAUGUUUAUAUA